AUGGUCUCUGUGAUGGCUGUCGUCUUGGCGGCUGCUGUGCUCGACCAUAGUGUCGUUGUCAAGGCAGAGCAACACCAAAUUCAGCCCAUGAACAACGUCAACGUGGCGUCCCCUGCUCAAACUGGCGGAAUCCAUGACGCUCUGAUGAUGCUCGAGACCGAGGGAUUGCUCGACGCUCAGAAUCUCUUGGAGACGCAGCGAUUCUUGGAGGACGACUUGAACAACAGCUCUGUGACGACAAAUGAUGGAAACUCCACCAGCAACAGUACUACGGCAGCUCCCGAAGCGCCGCCAGCAGAGAAGGAUUCGACAGUACUUCGCGCAACUUUCACUACCUAUGGCAGUGUCUUUCUGGGCGUGUUCUUUCUCCUUUGCAUUCUUCGCAAGCGCUUCAAACGAGCAUUCAACCUUCGGGAUUGGGUGGAUGAUCGGAAAUCAGACCUUGCCAAAAAUCAGUUUGGCUGGUUGUCAUGGACGUGGCGACUGGCAAUGAUCAAGGAUGAAGUCUUUAUGAUUGAAAAUGGGAUGGACUCGACUUGCUUUGUUCGAGUCACUGUCAUGGGCAUCAAACUAUGUAUGGUGGGCAUGUUUUGUGCAUUGUUCCUAUUUCCUUGCUACUAUACAGCUCCAAAGACACAAGAAACCAUGGAUGUCAACGACUGGGUCAAAAAGCUGACUACUGGAAAUGUGGGAUCAGGUUCUCCUCGGUUGAUUGCCACUGUCGUUGCCGCAUAUGUGGUGUUUGGAUCCACCAUGAAGUUGAUAAAGGAGGAAAUGGAAUGGUUUGCAGGGAUGCGGCACCGAUACUUGAGACGAAAGUUGGCAAGAAACUAUGCCAUUUACUUGCGCAAUAUUCCACCACACUACCAAAACAACAAAGCACUGAAACAUUUCUUUGAGCGAUGCUUGGGCGUUGAACUAGAGGAAGCCCACAUUACCAUGAAAACCAGCAAUUUACAAAAGGCUGUUGCUGAGAGAGCUGACACGGUAGCCCGUCUGGAACAUGCAGUUGCGGAAGAAGAAAUUCAUGGCGAGCGCCCACGUCAUUCAGCCGACAAUCUGAUUGUCCCAGUUGGAAGCAUCAUGGGUGGUCAGACCGUUGAUAGCAUUGAUUUCUAUGUCAAGCAGCUCAAGGCUCAAAACAAGGAUGUGACGGAACGCAUUGAAACCCUUCGAGAAAAUGCUGACAAAGACAUGGAGGUUCGGGCAGCAAACAGUGGCGACGACGUUGACGUGGACAACACGUCCGAUACAGCAGAAGAAGACACUGGUUUCUUGACUUUUGUCCGAUCAAGUGCAGUCAAUGUGGUCUCAAAUGUUGCAGAGAACACCACUUCUCUCACAACUGGGGCCACUGGUUUGGUGGCUAGUGCCGCUGGGCAAGCUGUCAAUCUACUCACGGGGGAUGAAGAUGGGGCAGUGUACAGUGCGGGGUUCAUUGUAUUCAAGAAGCUGUCACACGUCCAAACAGCACUCCGAAUGACACACUAUGAAGUCCCCUAUUCCAUGGAAUGCUUAGAGGCCCCCGAUCCCCAAGAUAUUUUCUGGAAGAAUGUGGGCCGCGAACACAAGGAUUUGCAGGUUGGAUCCCUGUUCAGUCUGGCCGCUACAGCGGCAACAUGCCUACUUUGGACAAUCCCAGUCUCUUUUGUGUCGUCACUAUCAUCGGUUGAUGCACUACGAAAGCAGUUUGGGUUCAUUGAUGACGUGCUGAAUGCAGCUCCAUGGCUCGUGCCGAUAUUGGAGGUCUUUGCUCCACAGUUUCUUGUCAUUCUGAAUGCCAUGCUUCCUGUAAUUCUGACUGUUUUUACACAGUUGGAAGGCCCGAUCUCUGGCGCGGCCGUGGAGGCUUCCUUGUUUGUCAAGCUAUCCAUGUUCAUGAUCAUUCAAACAUUUUUCGUCAGUGCAAUCUCUGGUGGGAUCUUUGAAGAGCUCAACAGACUACUAGCAGACUAUACAGCAAUUAUCGACCUACUUGGAAAGAGUUUGCCUGCUCAAUCCACGUUUUUCAUGCAAAUGGCCAUUGUGAUGACAGUGACAACAUCAGCAAUUGAAGGAUUGCGUGUGGCCCCUCUCGCGCUGGCAUUUGUGCGGAAAUUUGUUGGACCGAAAUUGACUGAGAAAGAACGAUCAACUACGUUUAUGGGUCUGACUCCACUCAAUGAGCCCUCGGAAUUCCAACAUGCAGACUUCCUUUCGAAUAUGGUUCUGUUCUUCAUCAUCUUCUUAGUUUAUGCUGUGAUUGCACCAAUGGUCAGCUUCAUCCUUGCCUUGUGUUUCGGUGUCAUGGGAACUCUCUUUCGCCAUCAGUUUGUUUACAUCUACAAUUCCAAUCCAGACUCUGGGGGGUUCUUAUUCUUGAAUUUCAUUCACAUCUUGACUUCGUGCAUGUUGAUUGGCGAAAUCACAAUCAGACUCGUUUGCUGCAAUCAAUCAAAUGAAAUCAUGAAAAGUGGGCUUCUCACAUUGAAGAAGAGCCCUGUUGCAGUGCUGAACAUUCCUCUCAUCGUGUGCACCGUGCUCUUCAACUACUACAUCCGGCAACAGCACUUCACCGUGGCGCAACAUCUGCCAAGUCGAUUGUGCCGGAAGCAAGACCAAAAGAACAACAGCUCCGGCAUGUGUUACGACUUCGUCCAGGAUGCCUAUCUCCAGCCCGAGCUUCGUGAACCACGAGUUCUUCCUGAAGUGUCUGAUGACUUGAUUGGAGAUCUUCGCCUGUUGGCUGACGACGAUGAAGUCGAAAGUGGCACAGUUGCAAGUGCCGUGACUUGUCGGGUGACCAAACUGCGACUCUCAGCGUACGAACCAGGGGAUGGCGAAGGGGGGACUCCAGAUGCGUCGUGGAUCGAUGAACGCAGUGGGACAGCGCCUGAUUCACAAUCGAUGGACUUGGACAACUCGGUGCACUAA